UACCGAAAAGUUGGUGUUUGCGACACUUCUUGUCCGCAUGCGGUAAAGACGAAGGGACUGUGUUCAAAUCAGCAAUGCUCGAGCUAACAGGAUUUAAAUGAAAAAUUAAAUUGAGGAGAUGUGCAGGUGAUACAGUGACGUAAUGCCACCAGCAUCCCCCAACUCUGUUCAGGAGAAGAAGAAAGAGGGAAACAAUCAGGUUCUUCUGGGAUGAUCUUUCAAAGAGGGUGCUUAACAUUACGCGCUGGAUUAAGGCUGACAACAGUCCUGGAAAAGUUUAGCUGGUUCUGUAGACGAGUUUCGACUGAAGACAUGCGACGAGCCCAGAUAAAGAAAGUCCUGUGUGUGGCCGAAAAAAACGAUGCGGCCAAAGGGAUCGCAGAGAUCAUGUCUAACGGGGGGAUGCGAAGGAAAGAAGGAUUGUCUAGAUUUAAUAAAAUCUACGAAUAUGAGUAUCACUGGUUUGGGCAGAAUGUCACUGUAUCGAUGACCUCAGUAUCGGGUCACCUCCUGGGGCUGGAGUUCAAAGCUCCGUUUCAGAAGUGGCAUAGUUGCAACCCAGUCGUCCUGUUUGAUGCAGAAGUGGAAAAAUACUGCCCAGACAACUAUGUGGAUAUCAAGAGGACCCUGGAGAGAGAGGUGAGGCAGUGUCAGGCUCUGGUCAUCUGGACAGAUUGUGAUCGCGAAGGAGAGAACAUUGGCUUUGAGGUCAUCGAAGUCUGUAAAGCAGUGAAGCAGAAUUUGCAGGUGUUCCGAGCCCGCUUCUCAGAGAUCACCCCCAACUCGAUCAGGAAUGCCUGCCAGAACCUAGCGGAACCGGACCAGAACGUCAGCGAUGCCGUGGAUGUCAGGCAGGAGUUGGACCUUCGGAUCGGGGCCUCGUUCACCAGGUUUCAGACUCUGAGGCUGCAGAAGAUCUUCCCUACUGUGCUCUCGGACCAGCUCAUCAGCUAUGGCAGCUGUCAGUUUCCUACGCUGGGCUUUGUGGUGGAGAGGUUUAAAGCCAUUCAGGCCUUUAUCCCCGAGACGUUUUACAAAAUUAAAGUGACCCACGAGAUGGAGGACUGCGAGGUGGAUUUCGGUUGGAAAAGAAACCGGCUCUUCCACCACACUGCCUGCCUAGUCCUGUACCAGAUGUGUAUGGAGAAUCCUGUUGCCACGGUCAUCGAUGUGUCCAGUAAACCAAAGAGUAAAUGGAGGCCUUUACCCCUCGACACGGUGGAACUUGAAAAGUUGGCUUCUCGUAAGCUGAAAAUAAGUGCCAAGGAGACCAUGAAAAUAGCAGAAAAGCUGUACACACAAGGGUUUAUCAGCUAUCCCCGUACCGAGACGAACAUCUUCCCCAAAGACCUCAACCUCACCCCCCUGGUGGAGCAGCAGACCCAGGACGCCCACUGGGGGUCCUUCGCACAGGGGAUCCUGGAGAGGGGCGGGCCGACCCCGCGCAAUGGGACCAAAACAGAUCAGGCCCACCCCCCCAUUCACCCCACCAAAUACACCAGCGGCCUGCAGGGGAACGAGCAGCGCCUGUACGAGUUCAUCGUCCGACACUUCCUGGCUUGCUGCUCCCAGGAUGCACAGGGGCAGGAAACCACGGUGGACAUUGACAUCGCCCAGGAGAGGUUUGCAACGCACGGGCUAAUGAUCAUCGCCAGGAACUACCUGGAUGUGUACCCUUACGACAAGUGGUAUGCGAAGGUGAUCCCAGUGUACGAGCGAGGGUCCCAGUUCCAGCCCACCACCAUCGAGAUGCUGGACGGAGAGACAAGCCCACCACAGCUCCUUACCGAGGCCGACCUCAUCUCACUCAUGGAGAAGCACGGCAUUGGCACUGAUGCCACGCACGCCGACCACAUUGAGACCAUCAAGUCCAGGAUGUACGUGGGGCUGACUCCGGACCAGAGGUUCCUGCCUGGCGAGCUGGGGAUGGGACUGGUGGAGGGCUAUGAUUCAAUGGGCUAUGAAAUGUCCAAACCGGACCUGAGAGCUGAGCUUGAAGCUGACCUGAAGCUGAUCUGUGAAGGGAGGAAGGACAAGUUCACUGUCCUGAGGCAGCAGAUCCAGAACUACAAGCAGGUCUUUAUAGAAGCUGUGAGGAAGGCGAAGAAGUUGGACCAGGCGCUGUCCAGCUACUUCGGAGAGGCGAGAGAAUUCACCCAACAGGAGGAAAUCCAGAUGGAGAUUCCUCUUCCCAUCAGGAAGUGUCCGCAGUGCAGCCGGGACAUGGCCCUCAAGAGGAAGAAAGAUGGGAAAGGGUUCUUUCUGUCCUGUAUGGGCUACCCUGGCUGUAAGGCUGCAGUGUGGUUUCCGGAGUCUGUUCUGGAGGUCAGCAGAGAUGAAAGUGUUUGUCCUACAUGCCGACCACAUCCUGUGCAAAGGUUGAAAUUCAAGUUCAAGAGAGGCAGCCUGCCCCCCGCGAUGCCUCUGGAGUUUGUGAGUUGCAUCGGAGGCUGUGACGAGAUGCUGAGGGAGAUCCUGGACCUGAAGUAUUUACGAGGAGGAGGAGGAGGAGGUGGUACUCCUCAAACGAACCCUCCGUCUGGCAGCUAUCUGCGGAACAACCAGUCUCACAACCAGCCAGGACGCCCCGAUAACUCCUGCGGCAGACAACCUCCUCGAUCCAAACUGGAGCCCAAAAGACCAGCGGCCGUUGUUAGCGCCCCUCGUCCAGUCCAGGCAGCUCAGGGACCUGCCGGAGAAAACGCCGUUGUCUGCAACUGUGGACAGGAUGCGAUCAUCCUGACCGUGCGCAAAGAAGGGCCCAACCAGGGCCGCCAGUUCUACAAGUGCAACACAGGCAAUUGCAGCUUCUUCUUGUGGGCCGACCAGCAGCCGGAGGAGGGUCAUGGGAGUGCUGGGGGCAGGGGGUUCUCCAAUCCACCCCGGUCAGCUGCUCGACCCUCAUCAGGGUUCGGAGGCAGCGCUGGCCCCAGCUCCAGUGUCACUGGGCGUCCAGGUGGCAACAGCAGGUUUUCGGGUGGGGGCGGAGGUGAUGCAGCCGUGUGCAGUUGUAAUGAACCAGCGGUGACGCGGACAGUAAUGAAGGACGGGCCCAACAGGGGGCGCUCAUUCCACACGUGUCCCAAACCCAGGGAGCAGCAGUGCGGCUUCUUCCAGUGGGCGGAUGAGAACGUGCCUCCAGUAGGUCCAGGUGGUGGGUUUGAUUCUGCUCCCCAGGUUGGGGGACAGAAAGGGAAAAGACAAGGUGGCAACGCCCCAACUAAAGGACCCGCAUCCAAGAGGCAGAUGACGUGUGGAGUCUGCCACCAGCCGGGCCAUAACAGAACCACCUGCCCACAGAACAACUGAGAGAGCCCUUUCCCAUAUACUGCCAUCAAUUUUAAAAGGGGAAAAGAUGUUCACAAGUAUUUGUUCCUGACACACAAAUUAAAAGGUAACACUGAUGAUUAAGUAGAGCCUCUGUCUUUUACAAAUAAAGUGUCCUGUUAUAAAAUGUUAUGUCCCGAGAACACAUAUUGGCAUAUAUUCUGUAAAUAUAACCUGUUCUGUAUAACAGACGUGUGCCUUUUGCUCUUCUUUGCAACACUGUGCUGCAUAUAAACUGUGUGUGUCUAUACCGACUAUAGCCAUGCCUGAGCUUAAAAUAAACUCGAUCAAUCUCAGAGAAAAUGAACACUGGACAGUUUGAGCUGAACUUCUGUGUCAAUUUAGAAUCUGACACUUUCUUUUCCUUUAUUGUUUAUAUUCAUGUUUUAAUGUUUUUUAAAAUCAUUUAAUGUUUUCUAUAAUAAAUGUAUAUAAAACAGAA